AUGUCCGAAGUGUACAGCGUGGAGAUAUCGUCGAAUGUUUCUGAAUUUCCAUACGAGAAGAAAUUCCCAUCGUCAUUCACACUUGACGAACUCAAGAAAAAAUUGGAAUUGAUUGUUGGAGCGGUCGCGAGCUCGAUAAAAGUUGAACUUCACGAUGGGGAAGGCAAAUUUGUGGCCUCUUUAACUGAUGGAUCCAAAACUUUGAAAGAACUUGGUGUGAAAAGUGGAAUGCGUAUACAUGCUAUUGAUGUCUCUGGUCAUAAUGUUGAGCUACAAGACGAUAGCAUGGUCGAGAAAUAUGCUAUGAGUGACGAUGCGUACAACGCACGAGACGAUAGUGUUAGAACAUGGAAGAAGAAAUUGCUAGCGCAGCAUGCUAACGACGAUGAUAACGCCAACUCUGCUCCAACAGAGAACCAUCUGAAUGAAGAAGCAGCAAAGGAAAUUAAGGUAGGAGAUCGAUGUGAGGUAAGGGUACGUGGUGCAACAACUCGACGUGGAAUCGUAUCCUUCAAAGGUGAAACCAAGUUUCGCGAAGGGAUAUGGAUUGGUGUCACCUAUGACUUGCCGGUGGGCAAAAAUGACGGAGCGGUAGCUGAUGUAAGAUACUUCCAAUGCGCCGACAAGCAUGGCGGUUUUGUGCGACCCGUAGACGUUUUCGUUGGGGACUAUCCACCAUUUCCGACUGAAGAUGACAUGGAGGAAAUUUGA